CGGCACUGGCAGAUUGGGGGGGGUUGGGAUGUCCUGCCGUAUGCAGAUAUGCGCAGGCCUGCACAGGGAAGCUUGUCCCGGCACUGUGGAGAAGGCAGAAACGGAGUAAGUGCUCCAAGUGAGUGAGGGUCACACAGGCCAGCCCACCCCGGCCUCCACGGCAGAGAAACACACGGAGCACACCACCACUGCGGGGGGGGCGGGGGGGAGAGAGAGAGAGAGACGCGUCACUCAGACACCCUGCCACCACCCUGCACUCCAGUCCCAGGACUCGCAUUGCACCAGUCUGAGUCCAGAGGAGGACGAGAAGGAGGAGGAGGAUUCGCAAGACCUCUUCACAGAAACGUGGAGUUCACUGUCCACAAAGGUGACACCAGGGCGGCUUUUUCCUGUUUUGAUUUUAUGGAUUCAAAUGAAGGGUGCAGCGUACCCUGUGUGUGCUGGAGCUAAUUUUUAAUCUGCAGUUAAUGUCCUUGUUGACGAACUGAGCAUCACAUAAAUAUAAUGGUCUGUUUUGGCGGGCUGGCAGGCAACGUCACCGUCCAGGAGCACUUUGACUUCCGUUCACUGGACUGUUAACAGGAGACAGCAGCAUGAAGGAGAACAGCAGGGGGGACACUGGAAUCAUUAUAAACCAGCAACCAUAGAUUGUGUCCCUGUUGAUGUGGCUGUGACUCCCAGCAUGCACCGGGUAUGAUGCACACACCGUCUGUCGUUCUGGAACAGGGCCUCAGCCGGCCCCCAGCCGAUAUCUGCGCCGCAGCAUCUCCGUGCCGCAUUUCACUGUAUGACAGUUGUCACCGGAGGUGUCAUUAGAGUCCCAGCCAUCGCCCAAGAAUUUCUCCGCUCUGCAGUAUUUUGUGCAAGCCUCGACAACUUUAGGAGACCGAUUUGCCUUCCCAAUUCCACCGCUGCACUUAAAACAAGCCGAUUGACUGCCAAGCGGCUGCAUUCUGACUCCUGAGGCCAAGACAAAUAGUAAAACAAAACAAAAACAAACAUAAAAAGCACCAAAGCGAAGGCGAAUCCUGUAACCGCACAGCAUUUGCAGUAGGCCGGAACUGAAGCCUGACAAUUUUCCUCAGGAUGCGCACCUGUGUCGCUAGGCUGCAAACAAAGCCCUCCGUAUACCAGUGGAUAGAUAGAUGUCUGACGGCCUGACGAAUUCUCUCUGAGACUGAGUAAGCUGACCUCAAAGGCCUGUCACACAGGCUGGUUUCCUUCAGCAGCACAAACACGGAUCGCCAACAUGCCCUGCUCACCUUUUAGAAUCGGAAGGCCCAAGAAAUUCUGGAAACAGGAUGAAGGAGACCCUCGCAUCUCCAGCACACUAGACCCGACGCUGUUCCAAGCCCCGCUUCCGUACACCGCUCCCCCUAUCCUGAAGGGCAACAGAAUGGAUGAACAAAGAUGCUCCCUUCCUCCACCACUCAAGACUGAGGAGGACUACAUCCCCUAUCCAAGUGUCCAUGAGGUUCUGGGUCGUAAGAGCCCCUUCCCUCUCAUCCUCCUGCCCCAGUUUGGGGGCUACUGGAUUGAGGGGACCAAUCACGACCUGAGCACUGCCCCCAACCCCGAACAGCUGCUGUCUCCCACAUCUCGGGUCAAGCUGGAAUGCAACACCACAGCCAAGAUCUACAGGAAGCAGUUUCUGGGCAAGGAGCACUUUAAUUACUACUCAAUGGACAGCACCCUGGGCCACCUGGUCUUCUCUGUGAAGUACGACGUGAUCGGAGACCAGGAACACCUCCGGCUGUUGCUCCGGACUAAGUUUAAAACCUACCACGACGUGAUUCCAAUAUCCUGUCUGACUGAAUUCCCCAACGUUGUCCAGAUGGCCAAGCUUGUCUGCGAGGAGGUGAACGUGGAUCGAUUCUACCCUGUCCUCUACCCAAAGGCUUCAAGGCUCAUUGUCACCUUUGAUGAGCACGUCAUCAGCAACAACUUCAAGUUCGGAGUCAUUUAUCAGAAGUUCGGACAGACCUCAGAGGAGGAGCUGUUUGGGAACAGUGAAGAAAGUGAGGCCUUUGUGGAGUUCCUGGAAUUCCUGGGGCAGAAGAUCGAGCUGCACGACUUCAAAGGUUUCCGAGGGGGGUUGGACGUCACCCACGGACAGACAGGAACAGAGUCCGUCUACCACAACUUCCGCAACAAGGAGAUCAUGUUCCACGUGUCCACCAAGCUGCCCUACACAGAGGGGGACACCCAACAGCUGCAGAGGAAGAGACACAUAGGAAAUGACAUCGUGGCCAUCGUGUUCCAGGAGGAAAACACGCCUUUUGUGCCAGACAUGAUUGCCUCCAACUUCCUUCACGCCUAUGUGGUGGUGCAGGUGGAGAAUGCCUGCUCCGACAACGUGCUGUACAAGGUGUCAGUGACAGCUCGAGAUGACGUCCCUUUCUUUGGUCCUGCUCUCCCAGACCCUGCAGUCUUCAGAAAGGGACCAGAGUUCCAUGAGUUUCUCCUGACCAAGCUCAUCAAUGCUGAGUAUGCCUGCUACAAAGCUGACAAGUUUGCUAAACUGGAGGAGCGCACUCGCACUGCCCUCUUGGAGACGCUGUAUGAGGAGCUCCACAUUAACAGUCAGUCCAUGAUGGGCCUGGGGGGCGAUGAGGACAAGCUGGAGAACGGGGGCGGAGGGGGAGGGGGCUUCUUCGAGUCCUUCAAGCGGGUGAUCCGUAGCAGGAGCCAGUCAAUGGACGCCAUGGGCCACAGUAACAAGAAGCCAAACAUGGUCUCCACUAGCCACAGCGGCAGCUUUACCCACAACCCACCAGAGACCCCCAAAACCCCGGGGAUAUCUUUGAUAAUCCCUGGGAAAAGUCCUACCAGGAAGAAGUCUGGGCCCUUCAGCUCACGACGGAGCAGUGCUAUUGGGAUUGAGAACAUCCAGGAGGUGCAGGAGAGGAGCAGGGAGUGUUCCCCCAGCACACAGAAAACUCCAGACAGCGGCCACGCCUCACAAGAUCCCAAAUCAGAGAACUCAUCCAAUCAGAGCUCACCGGAGGUGCCCACCACAAAGAACAGCUCUGCUAUGUGUUGCAGGGCUCCCUCAAUCCCCGAGGGUAACGACCUGUCGCGCUCCUCGUCCAAUGCCAGCAGCUUCGCAAGCGUGGUGGAGGAGAAUGAGACCGAGCCCACGGAGGAGUACGACACCGGCAUGGAGAGCUUGUCCUCAGCAGGGACACCACACAAAAGAGACUCGUUCACCUACAGCACUUGGCUGGAGGACAGUGUGAGCAGCACCAGCACCACCAGCAGGGGGAGCUCUCCAGCGCCUAACAGACCCCAGCAUUCAGAUGGCAGCAAGGGUCCCGACCCGUCCCGCUCAGACAUCCGGAUCAAACUGGAGCGGCCACAAGAUCACAAGUCUGCAUCGAAAUGCUAGCCUCCUCUGCCCGAUCGCUUCAUGGAUCCAUCAACAGCAUCCCCAUAAAAAACACACCCUCCAGGAGAUGAGGCGGGCACGGGUUUUUGGCACCACCAAUGAUGAAGAGGAGGAGGAGGAGGAAGACCACAGCCAGCUGCAGAGGCUGUGAGGCCAGUACAUGGACCAGGACUGUGAGCGCAACACUGUGGCCCUCACCACAUCAUCAUGUGACCACACCUUCCCAGGAGGCUGAGGGCAGUGUCAUGAGGGGCAGGGGUGAGGGGGAGAAGAGGGGAGGGGAGUGCAGCCCGCAGAGGGUCCAUCUACACACUGUGUUCACUUCUCCUUCAUCCGCUUACUCACAUGUUUGUUUGAUUGUUCGCUCACUGGUUCGCUUGUUUGCUUGUUCGUUUGUUUGUUAUUUUUGGUCUGACACUCCUUUUCCAAAGCGCACUUUUUUGGUACAUGCUGUCAGUUUGUGGGAGUUCUGCCAUCUAGAUACAGUAGACAUGCUGACUUUGUUGUCGAGCUUUUUUUUUGAAAGUGUCAAGCAUGCAGAUUGCACAGGGUAGUGGAACAGUGCCGUUGGACUCACAUGGAGGGUACUCCUACAAACACAAUCCCCACUGUGCAAACAGGCAUUGGUGACCUAUUAAGUAAGGCCAUGGCCAGGCUGAUAGGACAGCCAGGGAGUCAAUACAGGGAAAGUGGUCUUGCCUAAAGACAAGAAUGAUCCACUCCAAUCUAUGAUAAAUGUUUGUAUAAUAAACCUCUUAUCCCUGUCUCUUUUACCCCCACACAUUUUAUGACCCAAGUGCAAAACUAUGUUUUCAGAUUAAACAUCAGUUAUAAUUACAACUAAUGUUGAAAAUAAUUUAUUAAUUGAGUGAAUGUCAGCAUAAUCUGUCUGCUGAUGAGCAGUAUUUAAGGGUGUCAAACCUUUAGUAUACAAUAAUGACAGCAUAAAUGAUGGCCCUUACCAAAACGGUAUGAUGAAAGAAGCCUUACUGUAUUAGGCAAAUCUGAGGCCUGAAGUUAAAGCGUAUAAUUACCCACAGCCAGCCCAGAUUCACCAGAUGUACAGCUACUUGUUGUGUCACUUGUUCAAAGUUCUGAACGAUGGUAAUAAGAUUAGACAAGCAAUACCUGAACGUUUCACAGUCUCAUGAGAUCUUUUCACAGAACAUGGCCAAGGGAACCCUGAAUUAUGCUGACGAGUGAAAUGCACCGUUCAACAAACUGGACACAGCAGUUUAAAAAAUUAGAAGGGUCGGGACCAAGAGUUACCACAUGAUGAAAACUGGUAUACUCAAAAAAUGAAUGGCCCUCUGCCCCAACAGGUCGAGGAUUAUUACGUGCUUUGAGUGAAGAGUGUGGUUGCCUGAAGCGAUGUUGUGUUCUCUGUAUAUAUCAGAUACUGAGUCAGACGCUGGUGUAUUGUUCACUCAUUAGAACAGAAAGCUCGACUCCAGUUUCACUUUGCACACUUUGUCUGUCUCAAAAAGUACUCUGGAAGUACUUCUUUGUCAUUUCUCUAUUUAUAUUUGUCGUGACGGGAUGUUAAUGGUGGCAUUUCUUGAACAUGCAGACAAAUGUGAUUAUUCAUUGUCAUGUUGCAUGUCAGAACUAUCAGGCCUGCUUGAUUUUCACUACAGAGGCUACAAUCGGGUCGGUCCAGUUACCUAGCAGCACCUCCCAUCAUCCAUACAGUCCAACCAGGGAGAUUGCAUCACGUUGUGUCAGCACAGCUCUCUGCUUCAAAAUAAAACAGUGAAUUGUGUAUUUCAUUCAGUCUGUGUAUUUCCGGGUAUGUACAUGUACAUAUUGUGUGUGGUGAAAUUCUGUUUGUGAUUCUACAUGAGCUGCAGCCAUAGAGGAGACACGCAGAGAGAGCUUUGUUUGUUUGCGCCUGGGAUCUGUAGACACUUCACUCCACUAGACAGCACCUUCACUCUUAGUCUGCACUACACACACCUAGUCCCAUAGUACGAUAGCAAAAAUAUCUCGGCCACAGUGCUUUAUGAUGGGUGGUGUUAUGUUUUACCUAUCUAGGUAUUCAUUCAAGUUCAUGGGGCCCCCGAAUUCAGCAAAUGUAACACGCUUCUUUUUUGUGCUCCCAUUGAAAAUAGGACUUGAAAUGCAACUGUCCAGACCGGUGACAGAAACAAUACUGUGCACUCGAUAA